AUGGAUAGUUUUCGUUGGCUUUUGUUGCUGCUGCUAUUAGGAGCUUUUUCCAUUGUUCGUCUUGUUCGAGCUCAAGAUCAACAAGGGUUCAUCAGUUUGGAUUGUGGGUUGCCCAUUACUGAGCUGUCUCCUUAUACUGAGCCAUUUACCGAACUACGGUUCUCGUCUGAUGCUACGUUCAUCAAGACAGGUAAAUCUGGUAAAAUCCAGGCAAAUCUGGUGGAUGAGUACCUGAAGCCCUACACGAGCCUCAGAUAUUUUCCAGAAGAGAGAAGGAACUGUUAUAGUCUGAGUGUUGACAAGAACAGAAAGUAUUUAAUCAGGGCUGGUUUCGUGUAUGGGAAUUACGAUGGUCUUAACUCUAACCCGGAGUUUGAUCUGCAUCUAGGCCCUAAUCUGUGGGCAACAAUAGAUUUCCACAAUUUUGUGAAUGGUACAAUGGUUGAGAUCAUUCACACCACAACAUCAAACUUGCUACAGGUUUGUCUUGUUAAGACAGGGACAACUACACCUCUGAUCUCAGCCUUGGAGUUACGGCCAUUGGACAAUGAUUCUUAUUCCACAAAGUCGGAUUCUCUGAGACUUUUCGCUCGAAUAUAUCUCAACGAGACAGAAGGCUAUCUACGGUACCCUGAUGAUGCUUAUGAUCGUAGAUGGCUUAAUUUCUUUUUGAAGAGUUGGUCACAGAUUUCUACUACUCUGGAAGUGAGCAAUGAUAACGAUUAUGAUCCACCUAAAAAGGCGCUUGCAGCGGCUGCUACGCCAUCCAAUGCUAGUGGGCCGUUGACAAUCAGUUGGACACCCGCUAAUCCUGGUGACCAGUAUUACUUGUACAGCCACUUCGCUGAGAUACAAGAUUUACAGGACAAUGAUACUAGGGAGUUUGACUUGUUAUGGAACGGAGUUGUUAGUACUGAAACUAUCAUUCCUUCAAAGUUAGAGAUAAAUACUCUCCUGGAUACUCCUCCGGAGACUUGCGGAGACGAGAGAUGCAGGUACCAGCUAAUAAAAACCUCAAGAUCAACUCUUCCUCCUCUACUUAACGCUCUUGAGAUCUACACUGUUAUCAAGUUUCCACAAUCGGAGACAAAUGAAAAUGACGGUAUGUUACUUAUUUUGAUCACUUUUAUGCAGAUAACAUAUUUCUUUGUCUUGAUGCUACAUGGAUUCAAUUUCACACAAAAAAAAAAAUUGUUAGACGGUAAUUGUGUGUUUUAUAAGAGAUUAUUGAUUAGGCAGGCAGACUUAUAUACCGAUUUUUGAACGCCUAAAUCAACUUAAAAAAAAUUGGUUAACCAAAAUCGUUUUGUUUAGAUCUGAUUUGCUGUCUAGGCCAACGCCUAACACCGCCUAAACCAGUUUUAGAACAGUGGUUUCACAUCUUAAGUCUCACAUACUUGAAACUUUACAUCAGUGGUUGCUAUCAAGAACAUUGAAGGUGCCUAUGAAUUGAGCAGAAUCACGUGGCAAGGAGAUCCUUGCGUUCCUCAACAGUACGCAUGGGAUGGGUUGAA